UAAACAUUAUGGAAUUGGGUAGUUUGCCAAUGCUGAUGAAUCAUUUUUGUGAGAAGUUAGAAGGCAUUCAUUUUAUGAUUGACCUGAAGGAGAACAAGAGAGCUGAGGAGGGGGAGGAGGAGGAGAGUACCUGCCAGGAACUUAUUGAACACCUCUCUGAAGAUAUUGAUACACUCUCGUCAAUUCUUGUAGAUAUUAAAUCUGUUUUGAAACAAAGACAGCAAAAAGUGGAUGAAAUGAAGGCUUUGACACAUUCACUUGAUAUCAGCAGUCUGCAGCAUUUGAUGGACAAUAUUCCUCCACAUCUUCCAAAACCAGUGAAAACAGAUCCAACCCCACUACAAUCCUGUGAAAGCGAAACAAGUGUAGCAUCUUCUUCCUCCAAUGACAAGGAAAACAUCCCAAAUAAAAGGAGUCGCUCAAGAGGAAGGAAGCACGCAAAGGCAGUUUACAUCCCUGCCCUGGUUUACAUAACUGUGGAGGAAUUUGAGGAGGUUCCAAAAUACAUGAAAGGAAGACUGAAUUACAAUCAGGUAAACACUGCCAUUGAUGAACUGAAUAAGGCAUUGAGUGAGAAGUACAAAAUCCUAGGAAUGAAGAGAACCACACUUAAUGAUGUGAACAGGAAGCGAUAUGAGAGAUACAAAGAGCAGGAGUCCAAGGACACCAAAGGAGAGCACUUCAUAGUGGAUACUGAUAUCAAGGAAUUUACUAAUUUCAAACUGGACAGUGUUGGGCGGUCAGUGUUAACGAUACUACGUCACUGUGGUCGAACCAAGGAAAUCCGAGGAGGAAGGCUCACUCGAUACGCAUGUAUAGAAGUCUACUAAACCAGGCCUGAAUCAACAGUAAUCAACAGAAUCAAUCUUGUUAUAUAUACAAAUAAUUGUAAAGAUUUUGAUAAUGUACAUUAAUAGAUCAGAUGUUCUAAAGGAGUUUUUAUACUUGUGGGAAAAAAAUAUGUUCUUUUUCUCUUACCAUACAUAUCCACAAACCAGCUUUUCAAUGGAUUAAAAUUCAAGGAGAGAUAACUCAUGCAUGUCUACUUACAUCAUGUAUCAUUUUGUCUUCCCUUCAAAGAGUAUUGUUCUAACCAAGUUUUUUUCUCUUCUCUAAACAGAAUGAUAGUUAAGACAUCUUGUUUUCGUCUCCCUUUGCUGUCUGUCUGUCACAAAGUUGCACCAGGCCACAGCUUCAAUUUUUACACCCCUUGAUUGGGAAUAAUUUCAAACACUGGAAUAUGUUUGCCAGUGAUCUAAAGGUGUGAUGCUCCAUAAGUUAUGCAUAUUAGAUCUUAGGGUGUAGUUACAUAUGAGAUUCCUGUUUAACCCUGACCAUUAAUCUCAGACUCAAAUUAAAAAGGCUUUUGGCAAGGAAAUUGAAGAGGUUUAGCAUUUUUAUUGAACAUAUCUUUGUUAGAUUAGAAAUGCCUGUCCUUUUCCUUUUUUUUUUUUUUUCAAAUUUUUGUACCCCCUGCUUGAGAAGUGAGGGUAUAUAGUAAUGGGGGUGUCUGUCUGUCCAUCUAUAUCUAUCCUUCCUAUUUUAUGUGUUGAUUAGACACACAUGUUUGGGGUUUCCCACAGCAAAACACAGACACUGUCAUUCAUAUAAUAUGUGGGGUACCCAUCUCUUAUCCACAACUCCUCCUAUAUCACUGAAUAAAAUUUAAUGAGACUUUCCUAAAAUCUUUUAAAUUAUUACAUAGUGCCAUUGUGCAUCUCCUCUUUUACAUUUUGAUCAGACACAUAUUUGGUCUCUCCCAUAGCAAAAUAUGGACUUUAUCAUUAUACU